GCCAAACUCCCGCCCGGAACUCUCGUUCAUCAACACUGUUGUUCUGCUUCUCUGUUGUGUGUCCUCUCCUCUCUGCUCUCAGCAUGGCAGCACAUAAAGACGAAUCGGACACUGACGAGGUUCUUGCCAGCGAGGAGGAGCUGCAGGAAGCUCUGUGUGUUCUGGCUGGAAGCGACCCAGAAAACUGCUCUUAUUCCCGGGGUUAUGUGAAGAGACAGGCGGUGUUUGCCUGUAACACCUGCACUCCCAGCGCUGCCCAGCCUGCUGGGGUUUGUCUGGCUUGUGCCAAUAAAUGUCACGAUGGACACGAUAUCUUUGAACUGUAUACCAAAAGAAACUUUCGCUGCGAUUGUGGAAAUAGCAAGUUUGGUGACUUCCAGUGCCAUUUGAACCCUGUCAAAGACGAGGAAAACGUGAGAAAUCUCUACAAUCAUAACUUCAACGGCUGCUACUGCACGUGUGACCGACCGUACCCAGACACAGACGAUCAGAACGACGAUGAGAUGAUUCAGUGUGUCGUCUGUGAGGACUGGUUCCACAGCAGGCACUUGGGCUGCACUACAGUUGAACCUGAGGAGCUGCAGGAGAUGGUGUGUGAAGCCUGCAUGAACAGAGCUCCUUUCCUGUGGAUAUAUGCAGCUCACUUUGCAGCACCACCUGUGAUCAACAUCGGUCAUCCUGCAGAGGAGGAGGAGGAGGAGGAAGUAGAGGUGGAUGUUGAGGAUGAAGACUGCGAGCCCAGUCGAAGCGGUGAUGAGGAGCCGUCUACCAGCAGCGAGCAAGCAAAGCUGGAGGAAGCAGCAAACAGGAGUUCCCCCUGCAAGCGAACCCAUGAGGAAAUGUCAGACAGCCCAGCAGCAGCCACAACCAGAACCGUGGAGUGUAAGCUGAAAGAGCUGCAGGUUCAGGGCAGGGAGAGGCUGAGACAGGGAGCGGUGUUCUGGCCUUACAGUUGGCGCUCCGAGCUCUGCACCUGCACAAGCUGCAAGAGGGCCUAUGUGGCUGCCGAGGUGCAGUUCCUCAUGGACCAGUCUGACACUAUUCUGGCCUAUGAGGAGAAAGGCUUAGACGAACCAUUUGGGCAGCACCCACUGAUGGCACUCACGAGCUCGAUGGACCGAGUACAGCAGCUGGAGGUCAUUUACGGUUUCAACGAGCUGAAAACCUCCAUCAGUGCAUUUUUAGAACAGUGUGUUUCUGAAGGAAAGACGGUCACAGUCGAAGCUGUACAUCAGUUCUUUGAGGAGCUGCGAGCCAGAAAAAGACGCAGAACCAAUGCAGGAUAUCAGUAACAACUCGUCCACGCUGCUACCAUCAUAUGCUGGGAUCAUAUGGUGAUUUAAACGAAUGGCCCGCUCGAUUAAAGUGCUUUUUCUGAAACCGAGCUAAAAGUGCUGAUUUCUGGGCAUUGUUGUUUCAUGUUUCUUUUGAGGGAGUGAAUUAUUGUGGAUUUUAAGGUUAGAGUUUCAUGCCCAGUUUUUUGAUUUUUGAUGAUGCCUUAACGUUGAAGAUCAUAAUGAACAUUUGUUACUUGAACCAGCCAUCGAUGUUGCACAUUGAUAUAUUUUUACAAACAUUGCAUUUGAGCACUGUUUCACUUGAACAUGCUGCUGCCAUUAACUUCCUGUCUGCUUUUUUUUUAAACUCUGACUUAAUGUCAUACAUUUGUGUUUACAUUGAGAUACACUUUGUAAGUGAUGUGAAGACAUACUGCUGUGGAUUGAUGUUCCAAAUAAAACAAUCGAACCCA